AUGUCGGCGACAGCAACAUCCAUCGUACCCUCCUUCACAAGCUCGAGCCACGGACCAGUCAUUCAAUCGACUCGAAACAUCGCUCCACGCGAAGUGUCCACUCCGAAGGCCACUGAACCCUCGACAUAUUCUCCUUCUCCCGGAAAAUUCAGACACCCAAGGACAACUGAAAUUCUCCUGCGAAGCUCUGCUACGUCUCUUACAAACGGCAAUGUCAAGCGCGCUCUGACAAAUGCGGCGGCUUUGAUCCUUUCUUUCGUUUUCACCGAUGCAUAUUACAGCAGUAUUACACCUCUUCUGAACACUAUCGGUGUCGCCGAUGCCUCCCACUUAUCCUCGACCGUCCUAUCCAUCCUCCGCAUUAUUCUCUGUGCCAAUAUCAUCCUUCUCCUCCGUCCCGUGAUACCCUACAUUUCCAAGAAAGAUGAAAUUCAAGACAUCCCAUUAACGCCCUCCCAACGCUCCCUUCUGGGCCUCAAUCCAUCUAUCCAACCCACGCCCAAUUCAGCGCCCUCAGCCGCCGGCUAUAUCACACCACCGCGUUAUCGACGUUCCGGGUCUUUCUCAAGCACGGGCAGUCCGAGCAGCGCUCAGAAUGGCUUUGCACCGCUAUCAACCGACCGCCGCAGUAUUUCUGCACACUAUUCAUCCUCCCCGUUAUCGACGUCUCGAUAUACGCUUGGCUUCUCACCUACGCCAUCACACUCCAUCCGACGAACUGCAUCCGGCUCGCCCUUCUCACCUUCACCAUCCGCAAGUCCUCUUUUCCACAAAGCUGCCAUUCCAUCCUCUCAGAUACCCGACGUCGAUUUUAGCGCAAGCACCCGCUCAUUCGGAGCCAGCACUGGUGCUGGUCCCGGCCUAGGCCGAUCACAAAGCAUGCGCGAACGAACGCGACGAGAAGGCCUGGAACCAACAUCUCCAACACCAGGGACAAAAAGUCCUCAGAUCGUCCCAGGCCUCAAUUACAAAUGGCUGUACGACAAGGGCAGGAAGUUACCCAAGAGCGAUUCUUAUGGAUUUUGA